CCACCUCCGGUAAGCGCGGCCCGACCCCGGUUCUCUCUUCCCCCCUCCAGGUUGCUCCGCCGCGAUGGCCUCCAGCGGGGAGGAACCGAGGAGCAGCUCCCCGGGCCGGGCAGGCACCGGCACCGAGCUGUCGCCGACGGCUGACGCCUCUCAGCUGGACACGGCGGAGGAUUUCGAGGUCCUGGAAGAGGAGGAGGAGGAGGAGGAGGACCUGAGCGAGCUGCCCCCGCUGGAGGAUGUGGGCAGGCCGCUGGCCCCGCCGCGGGAGGACACCCGGCCCUUGGAGCAGGGAGGGGGGGAAGCGGCUGAGGACCCCCAGGAGUGGCUCGAUGUUUUGGGGAGCGGCUUGCUCAAGAAGAAGACGCUGGUGCCGGGCCAGGGGGUGGACACCCGUCCCCGCAAGGGCCAGGACGUGACCGUCCGCCUGAAGGCCACGCUGGAGGAUGGCAGCGUGGUGGAGGAGAACCCUGCCCUCACCUUCACGCUGGGGGACUGUGACGUCUUGCAGGCUCUGGAUCUGUGCGUGCAGCUCUUGGAAAUGGGGGAGACGGCUUUGAUCAUGUCGGAUGCAAAGUACUGCUAUGGUUCUCAGGGCAGGAGCCCUGACGUCCCACCCAACGCGGCCCUCACCCUGGAGGUGGAGCUGCUGGCGGCUCGGGACGCGCCGGACCUGGAGCUGCUCAGCGGGAAGGAGAAGAUAGGGCUGGCCAACCGCAAGCGGGAGCGCGGCAACUUCUUCUACCAGCAGGCAGAUUACGUGCUAGCCAUCAACUCCUAUGACAUCGCCCUCAAGAUCAUCGGCUCCAGCUCGAAAGUUGACUUCAGUCCAGAUGAGGAGGCUGAGCUGCUGGACGUGAAGGUGAAAUGUCUCAACAACCUGGCAGCCUCUCAGCUUAAAUUGGACCAUUACGAGGCGGCCCUCAAGUCCUGUAACCUCGUCCUGGAGCACCAGCCGGGGAACAUCAAGGCUCUCUUCCGAAAGGGCAAGGUCCUGGCUCAGCAGGGUGAAUACAGAGAGGCCAUCCCCAUUUUAAAGGCGGCGUUGAAGCAGGAGCCUUCAAACAAGACCAUCCAUGCUGAGCUCUCCAAGCUGGUGAAGAAGCACGCGGACCAGAAGAACAUGGAGACGGAGAUGUACAGGAAGAUGCUUGGGAAUCCCAGCGCCGCCGGCACCCCGGGGAAGUGCAAAGACAAGCUGCCCUGGUCCAUCCCCUGGAAGUGGCUCUUCGGUGCAACAGCCAUCGCGCUCGGCGGCGUGGCCUUGUCCGUGGUCAUCGCGGCGAGGAACUGAGGAUGGCGGCGGGGCGGCCCCGCGCACAGGACCUGCGCCGGGAUGUGCCUCUCUCCUGCCAAGGGGCUUCCCUAGGGCUCCGCCGACCCCUCCCCAUGGACUCGCAGUUGCAGAAAUACGGAUGCUUUCUCUGCCGGAGGUGCCGGAUCCCCCUCCUGACAUCCCCCCGUAUCCCUCCCGGCGCAGGCGGGGCACGGCUGCGGGGACGGAGCCGCAGGCAGAGCAGAGACCCCCGAGCAUUCUCCCGGCAAUCAGGGGCUCAGCCCCCAGCCCCACACGUGUCGG